GUGUAUGUGUGUGUGUGUGUAUGUAUGUAUGUAUGUAUGUAUGUAUGUAUGUAAAUUACAUAAAUAUCCUGGAUUUAAGGAAGGAAUGAUAUUUUAGUAGACUUCUGUACAUCAUAUUUGAUAUUUGCAUCAAAGAGGAAGGAGUGUUAGAAAGGGCUUAUUUUUAUAUUAUCUCUAGAAUGGCAAUGAACUGGCUUUGCCAACUUUUUCCUUAGAUGAUCAAGUAAGAUAAGCAUCCCCAACAGGUAGGACUGGGCAUGGAUAAGCAAAGGACUGGUGGAAGAGCAGCCAAUGCAAGUGGAAUGAGCUUCACCAACACACACAAGGUGCACUUCUGUCCCUACUGUGCCUACAUAACUAAUUUUACAAGUCAUCUGAAGGAACACAUUCGCACUCACACAGGGGAGAAGCCAUAUGCUUGUCCACACUGUAUAUAUAGGGCUACAACAAAAGAUCAUUUGAAGAAACAUAUACGUGUUCACACAGGGGAGAAGCCAUAUGCAUGUGAUCAGUGUUCCUAUCGAUCGACACAGAGUGCACAUCUAAACUCCCAUAGAAGGAUCAAGCACAGUACUGUAACCAUUAAAAUUAUUACUCUUGGUAACCUUUCAAUGAUAUUAAAAUAUGGCCCCUGUAUGCAAAAUUUAGUACCCAGGAUUCUUAAGCAUAUGGGUAUCACCAUUUAUAGGCAAGAUUCUACAAUUCUGAUUACAGAUUCCCUGAGACCUAUAUGUCACAUUGAGUCUUGCCCAACAGCAGGGGAGGAUAUGCCCAUGGUACCAGAUGGAAAUAUCAAGGUGGGAUCCAACUUAGAGUGUUUGAGGCCUAGCGGGAGAGGAUCAGGUGCCAAGAUGCAUCACUGUCCUCUGUGUGCCUACAACACCGCUAAUUAUGCACACCUGAUGGACCACAUGCGAGCUCACACAGGAGAGAAGCCCUUUUCCUGUCCUCAUUGUCCUUACCGUGCAGCGCAAAAGACAAAUUUGAAGACACAUAUGCGUACUCAUACCGGGGAAAAGCCUUAUUCUCCCUCACACUAUAGAAAUUCUGCUGGAAGCUGGUUGAUGAAGUUUGAGAGCAGCUAUGUUCAGUCAGCUGCAGGCCACAUUUUUAAGUUCCAUUAUGUGUUUUGGAUAUUCUUUGGGGAUUCAGUUCCUGGAAGUGAAAAUAAAAGCAGGGAUGGGCAUCCCCUACAGGUAGGGCUGAACAGUGGUGGUCUAAGGAGAGGAGGAGGCAGUGGAACCACAGUGAACAAGAAUUCUACUGCCAAGUUGCAUCAGUGCCCCUACUGUGACUACAAUACAAAGAAAAGCACAAAUCUUGUCACUCAUUUAAGAACACAUACUGGAGAAAAGCCCUUUCCAUGUACAUAUUGUCCUCAUUCAGCAACUACUAAAGAAAGCUUAAAAAGACAUAUUCGUACACAUACUGGUGAAAAGCCAUAUGUUUGUUCUCACUGUCCAUUUAGGUCUGCAGAAAAGGGUAAUUUGAAAAAUCAUAUCUUGAUUCAUCAUGUUUAAAGAAGUUAUCUAACAUUUUGUUUUCUGGAAAUAAUUGUACUCAGGUGUGUCCUUGGGAAAGUUGGGGGGGGGGAGGUAA